CUCACGAGGACGGUUGGUUACCCCUCGAAAAAAACAAUAAAUAGGAAAAACCCAACGAAAUGAGAAACGAUAAGUUUGCACAACCACCCGGCGGUGGUUUUCCAUCGGCACCACCGCAACACGGAUAUCCACAGCCAGGAUUCAAUCAAGAGGGGUACCCACAACCUGGAUUUAAUCAACAAGGAUAUCCACAGCAGGGUUAUCCACAGCAGGGUUAUCCACAGCAGGGAUACUCCUGGGAUCCUCCACCACCACAGCCAGGAUUUUCGGGCUAUCCACCGCCACCACCACAGCACGGAUAUCCACCACAGUACUACGGCGCACCACCGGGAUACGGAGCUCCAGCAGCACCGCCACCACCUCCCCUUUCCACCCAACAAACCACCACAGUGGUGGUGAACAAUGGCUGGUACAGUCGCAAUCAGAAGAACAAGCCCCAAUCAAAUGCAGUUGGCGCAGCUGGUUUAAUUUUUGUUUCCGGUGGCAUGAAUAUUGCGUGGAGCAUUGGCUUUCACGGGAAACUCUACUAUAAAACCAGCGAUCAUAAUUUUGCAGCCUGGUUUAUUGGUGCCAUAAUAGGAGCGGUGCUCAGCUGUUUUCUCACCAAUAAAGUGGCCAAGAAAUACGUAUUGAUCUUCAGUUCGAUUCUGGUCAUGAUUGGUGGAAUUGUGAUUGCCAGUACGAGAAACAAUGGCGAUGCCACGUUGGCGGCUUCCUAUUUAGAUGGAAUUGCCAAUGGUUUGGUGUUUGCUCCAUUUUUGGCGUUGGCAGGAGAGGUAUCCGUUUCCUAUAUGAGGGGCUUGGUCUCAGCCAGCAUCGAGCAGAUGUGUUUUGGCCUCGGAAUUUUUCUGCAGAUCAUCUACACACAGUCCUGGAACGCCUCCUCCUACCAAUCUUACAAUUCCUUUUCGGCGGAGAAUAUGAAGGGUGUGCUGAGCAUUAUUUACGGAUUGUUUGCACUGAUUAUUGGCUCACUGCUUUGCAUUGAAUCUCCUGUGAUUAUGCUGGCAAACAACGAUGAACAGGCUGCCAUCGACGCCCUUCGAAGACUCCAAAGACCUUAUGUUUUAACCAACGAAACCUACGAACAAUUGGCGGAGCACAAGAAGUACUUGGCACAAAAUAAGGAUCUUUCAUUGGCCCAGAGCAUCAGACAGGCUCUUCCCACCUUCCUUCGACUGGUUUUUCUUAGAGGUUUGAAUGCCAUGAGCAUUUCUAGUUUCAUCUUUCUGAGCAUCCAAUAUUCCUUGAAAAUUACUUAUGGUAAAUAUGGAUCGGGAUACUUGGGUUGGUACAUUGGAUUUGGAGUUUGUCGUUGGAUGGGAAACUUUGUGGCCACCUUCUGCAUGGAAUCCCUUGGUCGAAAGAAGCCAACUCUCUUGGGUCUCUUGGUCUGCAGUGUUCUGGCCUUUGUGAUUGCAGCGCAGUACAACAUAAGGACUUAUAACACAGGAAAUACCAUAAUGCUGCUGGUCUUCGAACUCUUCGCGGGAAUCGCCUUUACUGCAACUUCGCCGUAUCUUUCGGAGGGAUAUCCCUUGGGAGUCAAGCAGCAUUUCAUCUCCUUCACCUUCAUCGCCGAAAUGCUGGUCUUCAUCAUCUUGGUGGUGAUCGAUUGGGGCCACAGCCAAGGAGCCACUUACUUCUAUGUCCUGGGAGGAAUGUAUUUGUUUGGCUGCAUUUUCGGAAUUAUUUGCCUGCCGGAAACCAGAAGAACCACUUUGCGGGAGGCCCAGGAUAAGUUCAGCAAAUUCAUCUGCACGGGUUUCUAGCCAGUAACAUAUUGUACUUAGCCUAUUAGUCAUACCAAAGAUAAUAAACAUUUAUAGCUAGACAAGCA